GGCAUAUGACGGUUCUUGAGAAUGCAAAUGCAGGAGAUUUUGACAAUGCAGUUAAGUGUAAUAUUUUAAAAUCUAUACUGGGUGGAAAAUAUGUUCCAGUACCAGCAAAUAAUAAUUCUGAAGUAGGAAAUCCAGCUAUAAAUUCUUCAGAUACAUUACGGGCUUUGAU